AUGUCUCCGUCUGACAACUUCAUCAACCUCAGCUUCCUGCGGCUCUUCCGGGCAGCCAGGCUCAUCAAGCUCCUCCGCCAGGGCUACACCAUCCGCAUCCUGCUCUGGACAUUUGUGCAGUCCUUCAAGGCCUUGCCUUAUGUGUGUCUCCUCAUUGCAAUGCUCUUCUUCAUCUACGCCAUUAUUGGCAUGCAGGUAUUUGGGAACAUUGCCUUAGAUGAUGAAACCUCCAUUAAUCGGCACAACAACUUCCGGACCUUCCUCCAAGCCCUGAUGCUCCUGUUCAGGAGCGCUACAGGGGAAGCCUGGCACGAGAUCAUGUUGUCCUGCUUGAGCAACAGAGCCUGUGACCCCCUCUCUGGCCUCACCAAAAAGGAAUGUGGCAGUGAUUUUGCCUAUUUCUACUUUGUGUCGUUCAUUUUCCUCUGCUCCUUCCUGAUGCUGAACCUGUUCGUGGCAGUGAUCAUGGACAAUUUCGAGUACCUGACCCGGGACUCCUCCAUCCUCGGCCCGCACCACUUGGACGAGUUCGUGCGGGUGUGGGCGGAGUACGACCCGGCAGCCUGCGGGCGCAUCAGUUACACAGACAUGUAUGAGAUGCUGAGACACAUGUCCCCACCUCUAGGCCUUGGGAAGAAAUGCCCAGCUCGUGUUGCCUAUAAGCGCCUGGUGAGGAUGAACAUGCCCAUCUCCCCUGAAGAUUUAACUGUGCACUUCACCUCCACGCUGAUGGCCCUGAUCCGCACAGCCCUGGAGAUCAAACUGGCCUCAGGAGGUGUGAAGCAGCACCAGUGUGAUGCUGAGCUGAGGAAGGAGAUCUCACUGGUCUGGCCCAACCUGUCCCAGAAGACUCUGGAUUUGCUGGUGCCUCCUCACAAACCUGAUGAAAUGACUGUGGGGAAGGUCUACGCAGCCCUGAUGAUAUUUGACUUCUACAAGCAGAAUAAGAACAGCAGGGAGCAAGUCCAGCCCCCCGGGGGCCUGUGCCAGCCCGGGCCAGUGUCCCUCUUCCACCCCUUGAAGGCCACCCUGGAGCAGACGCAGCCCGCGGCCUUCAGCAACGCCAAGGCCUUCCUGCGCCAGAAGAGCUCGGCCUCCCUCAACAACGGGGGAGCCUUGCCACCCCCGGAGGGAGGGAUCAAAGAGUCCAGUUCUUGGGGGACCCAGCGCACCCAGGACGUGUUUUAUGAAACCAGGAGCCCAGCUUUUGAGCGAGGGCACUCCGAGGAGAUCCCCAUUGAGAGGGUGGUAGAAAUGAAGGAGAUCAGCCCCACAGUUGCCAACGGAGAGCCCCAGCCAGGCCUGGAGAGCCAGGGCCGGGCGGCCUCCAUGCCACGCCUGGCUGCUGAAACCCAGCCCAUCCCGGACACGAGCCCCAUGAAGCGCUCGGUCUCCACGCUGGCCCCGCAGCGCCCUCACGCCAUGCACCUCUAUGAGUACUCCUUGGAGCGCAUGCCUCCGGAGCAGGGCCACCACCACCACCACCACCGCUGCCACCGGCGGAAAGAGAAGAAGCAGAAGUCCUUGGAUAGGGCCGCCCAUCACAUGGCUGAUGGACAAGCUGUAGCCCAGUCUGGAGAGUCCUCUUCCAAGGACAAGAAGCAGGAGCGUGGCCGCUCCCAGGAGAGGAAGCAGCACUCCUCCUCCUCCUCCGAAAAGCAGCGCUUCUACUCCUGCGACCGCUACGGCAGCCGGGACCGUGCCCAGCCCAAAUCUGCUGACCAGAGCAGGCCCACCUCGCCCAACGGGGGCCCAGAGCACGGCCCACACAGACAGGGCAGUGGUUCAGUUAAUGGGAGCCCCUUGCUGUCGACAUCUGGUGCUAGUACCCCCUGCCGGGGUCGGAGGCAGCUCCCACAGACUCCACUGACCCCACGCCCCAGCAUCACUUACAAGACCGCUAACUCCUCGCCCGUGCACUUCACCACUUUCCAAACCCCCACGUUCUCCCCGGGCCGCCUGAGCCGUGGGCUGUCCGAGCACAACGCGCUGCUGCGGGGGGAGCAGCAGCCGCCCCCGCCCACCGUGGCCCGCAUCGGCUCCGACCCCUACCUGGGCCACCGCGACGCCGCCGCCGACAGCCCGCAGCGUGCCGCGCCUGAGGACACGCUCACCUUCGAGGAGGCCGUGGCCACCAACUCGGGCCGCUCCUCAAGGACUUCCUACGUCUCCUCCCUGACCUCGCAGUCGCACCAAAUCCGCCGGGUGCCCAACGGGUACCACUACACGCUGGGGCUCAACACGGGCCCCGGCGCCAGAGGACGCAGUUACUACCACGAAGCCGAUGAGGAUGACUGGUGCUAGCGGCUCGGCGGAACCCUGCGAGGUGUGCGUGCUUAAUAAGGAUGAGUUUUAUCAUCUGGAGGGCUGGGAGCUCCCGUGGGGGCCUGGGGCCAGAGGCGGCCGGUGGGGAAGCCCCGAGGACUGCUCAACGCCCAGGGCCGGAGAUGCCCCUGCAGCCUCUCUCUCCUCUGUUCUUUAGUCUUUUCCUUUUUGAUUUGUUUUUUUUUUGCACUAGACAGACGGAGGAAGAAGGCUCCCUCCUUCUGGGGAAGGCAGCGGGAGAAGCACAUCCCUCCCUGCCCCCUCCCCACUGCCUUGUCUAGUCCUGAGACACGCACCAGGCGCCAACCCGGCCACGGAGGCGAGGAGCCGGGAGAAGAGCGAUCCUCACCUUCCACGGUGGAAAAGCAGAACUGUGGGUCCUUCUCAUGAUUGGCGCAGUUUUGUUGGGCUAUUUCUUAAUUAAUUUACCAUCAUAAUUCCCCCCGCCAGGGUGGGAGCCGGGGGUCGCAAAGGGACUCGCGCGAACAACGCUCGCCCCCCGCCUUUUUUGUCUCAUUGAGCGCUGAGAAGGAAGAGAUGCACCCAAGAAACUGGGAGAUGAGAAACACAGCCCAGAACAAAGGACAGUCCUUUUGGACUUGAUGUUCAGCCACUGCAAUCCUUUAGGGCAGAGCUGGUGCCACCCCUGAGCUGACCCUGCUGUGACACCACUGCCCUGGGGGUCUCUAAUGUCACUCACCACAUCGGGUCCUUCACACUGACACACGGUAAAGCCACAAGAGAGCUUCUUUGUAAGGACUGUUUCCUUGCUGCUGAGACUUUUCAAUCCAUCCCUCUCUCCUGUUGACUGCAACACACCCUCACUGUUUUGUCUUGUUUACAAUAUAAGCUUGAUUUAGCAAAAAACAACUUAAAAAAAAAAAGUCCACAAAAAAAAAGAACAACUCAAACAAAAAGAGGAAAAAAAAGCGUAGGGGUGAGAAGAAGAAAUGUUAUUGGUUUUAUAUCAAGCUAUUAGAUAGAACUUUAACUUUUCAUUGUGUGCAUUUUUGUAAAUUGUACAGUAAAAAAAAAAAAAAGAAAAAAAAAAAGAAAAAAAUUUCCUCUUUCUGUAGAGAAUUAGUCCAAUUGUCAUUCCAGGUCCCACCGUUUCUACCGAAUGCUCCAGUUGUUCACUACUAAGUGCCUAACCUUUGAAAUCUUUCACAGUGACGAUGCAACCUCUUGCUUCGAGGCCUCAGAGCUUGGGCGAGCGUGGGGAGGGCAGAGGGUGUGGGGCCGAGCAGCCGGAGCCUCGGAGGAGCCCUGGGGUCACUGUGCCCCAGGCUGGGAGCUUCCAGUGGGGAAGGCAAAUGUGCUUUGGGUUUGGUUUGGGUUUGGUUGGCCUUUUAAUUUUAUUUUUUUGUUAGAAUAUAUAAAUAUAAAUAUAUAUAUACAGAUAUACUUUUAUGGGUGAGAGGGGAGUGAUUGCAGCAAACAAAGCUGGCCUUGUCUCAUUGCCCAGUGGAGGAAAUGCAGGGGGGAAAGGGCAGCAUCUGCAGGGGUGCUCCUGCAGGAGAAGCAGCAUCUCCCACAGGCCAGCUGAGAGAGCUCUGGCCAUGCAUCACUGGUGUGGAGGGCAGUUGGAGUGAGUUAUUUUUAUUGCCUGAUAAGAGAAGGUUAAAAAAAAGUGAUGAUAAUAAUGAUAAUAAUAAUAAUAAUCCAAACCUCUAACUCUGAUUCUCAGGGAUGAGAUUUCUGCGUUCUUGCAACGAUUCUUGUGUUGGCUGGUUUCUUUCUUUUGUGCCCGUGUGGAUUCCUGCACUGUGAGCCUGGGAAAGGGGCAAAUGCGCUGUGCUGGCGGGGAGGGAGGCUGGGGGCAAAGCCCGGCCAGGACCUCAUGCCCAGGGCUCUGCUAAGCCCUUGUAGGGCUGGUUCGGGGCACAGGGCAGCCAGAGGAUGUGCAGAGGUUAAAAGGUGAAAGGAGGAAGGGUGGGAGGUGCUGGGCACAUCCCUAAAAACACCACUAGGAAGGAGGAUAGGGUUGGAGAGGUGAAUUUUUUCAGAGGAUCUACCAAGCCCCAGACCUGUGGAACUUCUCUGGACACAGCAGUCGCGUGGGGUGGGUGGAAAUCCCACUGGCCCUGGCGACCUGUUCUGUCCCUGGGUUGUUUGGAGGGGAUCAGAUGCCACCAAAACGCUCAGGAGGUCUCUCAUGCUCUCAGCAAAGUCUGUCAGCCUCAGGCAGGAGCAGUCUGCUCUAGGGUGGUUCUUCACAUCUCCUGUAGCUCUUCUCUUGAGGAAACUCACCCCGGUUUUGUUCCCUCCGGUGUUUUGUUUUAAUUUUGUUCUGUUCAGUACCAAUCUCUGGCUGAUCUCAUCCCUGGAUUCUGCUAAAGGAUAACUCCUGUCUGUAUCUCUGUCUCUGUACUUGUGUGCACUCGGAAUAAAGGCAGUGUGGUAGCCAGAGGUCACGGCUGGCAUUCCUGGCAUUCCCAAACGGAGGGCUAUGCAACCAGAUGACACGUGCGGACACACACCCACCCCACCACCACUCCAAGACCUUCAUCCAUCUGUAGCUUUAGCUGCUGGAUUUUCCUGUUUCAGGCUUCAGCACGAUUGUGACCAAAUGUUUUAUACAUUUUCCUGAAAUGAAGGCACAAACACUUUAUUUGAAAUUUUCCAAGGGAACGUUCCUAUUUUACUCCAGGAAGCCGAGGGGAAGCGACAACACCAUCUCUCUGCCCGUGCAUGCAAACGCUGUACCCACACUGGAAAGCAACAGAGAUGUCUUUCUGUACGGAAUAAUUCUGUCUUUUCCCCCUUUUCCUCUCCCAUUAUCCAUCCCCAACCCCCCAGCCCUGCACUAACACAGCUUUGGAUCACCCCAAUUCAUAGGCAGAACACGAAGAAGAAUCUCAAGUUGUCCAAAUCCUCCACCCACCUUGUAGGGGUCGAUGACAGUGACAGACAAGCCUGACCACAAUUAUCCAUAACCCUUUCCUGACAUUUUUUUACAGCCUCUCUGCUGUCUCUCCAUCUUUCCAAGAAUCCUCAUAGUGAGUUGCCAAACUUGAAUUGCACCGAUCAGUUUUCUGCAUCCAGAACCAGUCUCGUAGUGGCUGUACUUUGAAUAAGUAAUGUUUGCAUGUAAUAUAUAUACAUAUAUACAUAUCUAUAAAAAGUAUGUGCAUGGAAAAUGUUUAUCUUCGUACUUUUUUGAUACAAUGUAUUCAUCAGUUGUUAAUUUUUAAUUAUAUUUGAUAUAAAUUUGGGGGUUUGUUGCAAAACUUUAUAUUUAAAAAACAGUGUGAAAAACGAUCAAAGUUCCAACCAUGCAACACAAGUGGAACUUUACCCAAAAAAAAAAUAAGGGGAAAAAAAUUGAGAAAAAAAAAAAAAGGUUCUGUGAUUGCCUAGUUUGCUGCCUGAGUAAUAUUUAUCAGCCAAACUUUGAAUUCUGCAGUUGUUUCUACAAUUCCAUUUUGUAUGAAGCAAAGUCCUUGAAUUAAAA